AUGUCCAAAGAACGAGAGAGAGAAAAGAAAGACAAAGGAAAAAAAGAAUCGGGUGACGAAACCAAAGUUACUAGGAGUGAAUAUUUUAUAAGCUCUGAACCUGCAAAAUACCGAUACGAUGCCACUAUCGGUCGAGCCAGAGCCCACCCAUACGUGGAUUCGUGUCCGCCAUGCAACAAGCCGGUGCAGUGUGUCAUGGACGAGGACAGGUGCACGACGGUCGGAAACCACAUCUGCAUGCUCUGGCUCGAGCAGAAGAUGUGCGAUGUCGUCUUCAAAUGUUGCGAUGGUACGGUGAAAGCCCACAAGGUCGUUUUGUCAGCCUACAGUGAGAGAGUCCUCGAAAAUUUUAAAAAGUUCUCCGAUCAGGAAAUCAUAAAUGUUGAUCUACACGAGUACAACGUGAACUCUGUGAUAUUAUUUCUUAACAUUUUGUACGUUGAUUCAGAGAGGCAGAUCGAAGAUGAGUAUAUUGCACCGUUACUAGAACUAUCUCAACUGUUAGAUAUGUACCCCGUUAAAGAGGCCUGCAAGAAAUUCCUCCUGUGCAAUCACCCUGAGAAUGCAAUCUUUCAUUACGUACUAGCAGACCACUAUAGCAUGUUCGAAAUAAGAGAUCCCAUCUACAACUACAUCCUCGAGAACUUUUUAGAAAUCUGUGAGACAAAGCACUUCCUCUGGUUGCACCCGGAACGAUUAAUGUCUUUACUAUCGGACGACAGACUGCACGUCUCUUCAGAAUUGGAUGUCUUCUGUGCCAUGGCUUACUGGAUUGACUACAAUCGUAAAGAGAGGAUCGUUCUGGCACCAAAGAUGCUUCGUAACUGCGUGCGACUGAUGCACAUAUCUCCAGAGUGUUUGGUCUGCAAGGUAGAAAAGGUCAGCUGGUUGUUCGACAAUCCGGAAUGCUGGGCUAUCCUGAACGAAGCCAUUCGCUGUCACGCUCUCUACAGAUCCAACGGUGGAGACGGAUGCGCUUGUUGCAGCUGA